AUGGCACAACGCCCCUGUCUCGACUUUCUCCCAAGAGAACUCGUCGCAAGCGCAGCAGACGAUGCCUGGUUCAAAUCCAAGCACCAGUCCAUUGGCCUCUCCAUCUGCUGCUUGCUGCCGGCUUCUCUGCUCGCGCGUCAUCGCAGCGUAGCCGUGAUAUCUCUGUAUCUCUGCCAGGCGGAUACAGGUAGCGUCGACCAUCACCAACAGGCGCAGGGCUUUGAGCGUCCUAGCAGAACCGACCGCUCGAGCCAGAGAGCAGUCCCUGAGCUGUUCCUGUGCAACAACCAGGCUGCAAAGCUGUAUCUGCGUCGAAUUUGCUCCGAUCGAGGCCAUAAUUAG